AUGGGUGCCUCUAAGAAAUGGAUCAAAGCAUUGUUUGGUUUAAAGAAACCAGAGAAAUCACAGACUUCAAGGAAAGAUGAAAAUAUAACCGGGAGCACUGGUAAGCUUCAGCAUAAAAGAACACAUUCUGUAGAGAUUGAUACCAACAUACUUCAAGGUGAGUUGAAUCAAAAUGUUGCUACAUCAGCUGAAGAUGCGAACUACCAAUCAGAUUCAAAAUCUGCUAGCUGCCCUCCUACCUCACUUCAGGUGCAAUAUGCUGCUCCAGUUCAACAGAAGAUGAGAGAAGAAUGGGCAUCCAUACGAAUCCAAACAGCUUUCAGAGGAUUUCUGGCUAGACGAGCUCUACGGGCUUUAAAAGGAUUGGUGAGACUUCAAGCUCUUGUCAGAGGACAUGCUGUAAGAAAGCAGGCUGCCAUUACACUCCGUUGUAUGCAAGCUUUAGUGAGGGUGCAGGCUCGCGUCCGAGCGAAUCGUGUUCGCAUGGCAUUGGAGGGUCAAACAGCACAACAGAAACUUCAGCAACAACUUGAACACGAAACUCGUGUCAAAGAAAUUGAAGAAGGGUGGUGCGACGGUGUUGGAUCUGUUGAAGAAAUUCAAGCCAAGUUGUUUAAGAGGCAGGAGGCAGCAGCUAAGCGUGAAAGAGCAAUGGCAUAUGCUAUGACUCACCAGUGGCAGGCAGGUUCAAGACAGCAAGCAACUCCUGGUUUUGAACCCGAUAAAAGCAGCUGGGGAUGGAAUUGGUUGGAAAGAUGGAUGGCUGUUCGUCCAUGGGAAAACCGCUUUUUAGACAUUAAUUUAAAGGACGAAGUGACGACUCCUGAAAAUGGAUUGUCUAACACAGAGAACGGAGCCCAAACUCAUUUAAAAUCUGCCGAGAAGAAACUGUUGUCAAAUAUUGCAAAUGAGAAAAUCGGUCCCUCUCAUUCAAGCAUUAACUCAAAUAUCUCAAAUGAAAAAAGGCCUCUAUCUCAUUCUGAUGGUUUUAGUUCUUCACCAAAUAUGGCAGCUAACGUGCAAGAAACACCAGUUGCACUAAGGUCUAAACCAGUUCUUGAAGACUUGGCCGAGGAGGCUACCUCAAGGCCCAAUGUUGAUUCAAGAUCACAUAGCAAUCCUAAAGAGAGAUCCAAUUCUUCAGAUAAACUAGGAAAGAAGCGGUUGUCUCUGCCUAGCAGUGGUCUAAGUCGUGGGGUUCAAUCCACCAAGCAACAAAGUAGAACUGCUGUCAAAAGGUCGCCUUCUGCUCAUAAGCCUGCUAUGGAUAAAUCCAAAUCAAUUGAAAGUGGUGUAAAACCUUCAAAAUCCAGUCCACGGGGCUGA